GGCUCUGUCGUGUGCCGUCUGCUUGGUGCAAGCCAGUCGCUUUCUCUUUUUACUGUGUUACCUGUCCAUGUCCAUUGGUCUCUCUCUCUCUCUCUCUCUCAUCGCCACCCAAAACAAAACAAGACUAGAUAUGCUCAGUUCUCAGCCUCCGCACUCCAUUCUUCUCUUCGUCCAGCUUCAUCAAUCCCUCUGUUCACUGUCACUUCCUUCUCCUCCCCCCUCACUUCUCCUUCAACAGUUCAACGUCAAAAUCCUCUCUCUGCAGCUAAAUUUAGCAAACUCUUCUCUCCAUUUCCUCUCUGUUUUGAUUUCUCCGUCGUAAUUCGCCGCCUAGCUGGUACAAGUUUGCUGUUUCACACAUGCCCAGUUCCUAAAUUUUCAACUUUCGUGACCAACUUCAUGUCUUCACGCGUCCCCUGUUAAAUUCGGCUGAAAUCUGAGCUUACCCCUGCAAAAAUGGAUUCCGCACGGACGACCCUCUUGAUCCUUCUUCUCUUCCUUCGCCUACGGAGUCUCUGUUCUCUCACGACGCCCUUAAACUGCACGGACACGACUCGCAUAUGCACCUCUUUCCUCGCCUUCAAGCCGGAGCCGAACCAGACCCUCCCCAUCCUACAGAGCAUGUUCGACGUUUUGCCUCAGGACGUUACCGUCGAAGGGAACGGCCGCGAUUACGUUUUCGUCAGGAAGAAGUGCUCCUGCUUGUUCUCCACCCACGAGUACUUGACCAACACCACCUUCACGGUGCGGGAGAGCGGCGGAUCGGUGCGCGACGCCGUGGCGGAGGCCUACAAUGGGCUCGCGCUCGUCCCAAACGCGACGGCUGCGCGGGCCGCACGGGUCGGCGCUGUGGUGUCGCUGCGGCUGUUCUGCGGGUGCUCUAGCGGGUUGUGGAACUACUUGAUGAGUUAUGUGAUGAGGGAGAAGGAUAGCGUCCAGUCUUUGGCGAGUAGGUUUGGGGUGAGCAUGGAUAGUAUUGAGGCUAUAAAUGGGAUUGGCAAUCCUGAUAAUGUCACAGUGGGUGCUCUCUACUAUGUACCAUUGAAUUCAGUUCCUGGUGAGUCUUAUCCAUUAAAGAAUGACACCACUCCUGCUCCUGUUCCUGUUCCUGCACCAUCAGUCAGCAAUUUCUCAGCUGUUCCGGUGAAUCAUAGGGUUCAUGUGCCAUAUGGGUGGAUUAUAGGGGGUUCAGUAGUUGGUCUCGCACUGAUAGUUUUGGGUAUUGUAAUUUGUGUUUCCCUGAGGUCACCAAGUUGCUUUGCUGAGUCUCGAGGAACUCAUGCAAAAGAUUAUGAUGGGAAGAAUUCUUUCAAGUUCCCUAUCCUUCAGACAAGUUUCUGUUGUGCUUCUGGAAGAUACACCUGCAGAAAGUCUGAGGAUUGUAAGCAAACCAAUGGUGAAUCUAGUCAGCGCCAGAUGAAAGUUCCUAAUGCUAUAGGGACUGAUGUAUUUGACGUGGAGAAGCCUGUGGUUUUCACAUAUGAAGAAGUUAUGUCUUCAACUGAUGGUUUCUCUGAUUCAAAUCUUCUUGGGCAUGGAACGUAUGGUUCUGUAUAUUAUGGCAUCCUUCGUGAUCAGGAAGUUGCAAUCAAAAGAAUGACUGCCACAAAAACUAAAGAAUUUAUGGCAGAGAUGAAAGUUUUGUGCACUGUUCAUCAUACAAAUUUGGUAGAAUUGAUUGGCUAUGCUGCUAGCACUGAUGAGCUCUUCCUCAUAUAUGAAUAUGCCCAAAAAGGGUCACUUAGAAUCCAUUUACACGAUCCUCAGAGCAAAGGUCAUACGUCUCUCUCUUGGAUAAUGAGACUCCAGAUUGCACUUGGUGCUGCCAGAGGUCUAGAAUACAUUCAUGAGCAUACUAAAAGUCAUUAUGUCCACCGAGAUAUCAAGACUAGCAACAUAUUACUUGAUGGUUCUUACGGGGCGAAGAUUUCAGAUUUUGGGCUGGCAAAGCUUGUUGGGAAAACCAAUGAGGGAGAGGCUUCUGCUACCAGAGUUGUCGGAACUUUUGGUUAUUUGGCUCCAGAAUACUUGAGUGAUGGCCUGGCCACAACUAAGAGUGAUGUCUAUGCAUUUGGUGUUGUUCUGUUUGAGAUAAUAUCAGGAAGGGAGGCCAUUACACGCACAGGGGGCAUGGUGGUGAAAAAUCCUGAUAGACGUUCACUGGUGUCCAUUAUGUUAGCGGCUCUCAGGAACACACCUGAUUCCAUGAGUAUGUCGAGCCUGAAAGACUACAUUGAUCCUAAUUUGAUGGACUUGUAUCCCCAUGACUGUGUAUUCAAGUUGGCCAUGCUGGCAAAGCAAUGCGUUGAGGAGGAUCCAAUACUGCGGCCAGACAUGAAGCAAGUAGUGAUUUCAGUGUCUCAGAUCCUCUUGUCAUCUGUGGAGUGGGAAGCAACCCUUGCUGGGAACAGCCAAGUAUUUAGUGGUUUGGUCCAGGGAAGAUAGAUGACCAGGGCAGGCACUUCCUGUGAAAACCCUGAGACUCAGAUUCUGCAUUUCUUCCCUUAAUCAUUCCCGUCUCAUUUCUUCCAGUUGUGUGUAUAGUAGCUCAUAGUCCAGGAAAGUGGGAAUAUUGUGUCACUCAUACAUGUUUGAUUUUUUUGUUUUUUGUUUUAAUCCCUGGUCCAUUUUUCUAUUUACUUUUGCUGUUGUAUUCUUUGAAAAUUUCUUUUGGGCAAGAAAUUUUGAAAUAUUGAAAGAUGAGAUACCAGUGCAGAAGAAUGGUUUGGUCGCUUUUAGUUCAA